GGGAGGAGAAGUUUCCUGUGUGUGUGGAGAGAGGACGCUGGUGCUGGGCUUGUUUUUCACUCAUCAGCUGCUUGUUUUUUAUUUUAGAGUUGGCAACAUUGGACACAACACAUUUCAGUGGAGGAGGCGGGAGAGGAGGUGACGGUGACCGGCAGUGAGGUAACUUAAGGAGCUGGAAUCCCACUAAGAUUAGAAGACAAUGCUGCAGAAAGAGAUGGGAAAGGAAUCUUGUUCCCUGAUCUAGAAAACUAAAGAUAUAAUUUCUUCUUAAGCUUCUGAAUGGUUCAAAGAAACGAUUUUCAUUUUAUGGAUAGAAGUUUUUAUCCAUUACAUGAUGAGUCUUACAAGAGAGAAACCACAUCUGUGCUCUGAGUGUGACAGAAGCUUUACACAUAAAUCACAGCUUCUCAUACAUCAGAGGAGUCACACAGGAGAGAAACCAUUUACAUGUUCUGAAUGCAGCAAAUGUUUUUCCCAGAAGUCCUAUCUUCUCACACAUCAGAGGAUUCACACAGGAGAGAAACCACAUCUGUGCUCUGAGUGUAACAGAAGCUUUAUAUAUAAAUCACUUCUUAUCAUACAUAAGAGAAUUCACACAGGAGAGAAACUAUUUACAUGUUCUGAAUGCAGCAAAUGUUUUUCCCAGAAGACAAAUCUUCUCAUACAUCAGAGGAGUCACACAGGAGAGAGACCAUUUACAUGUUCUGAAUGCAGGAAGUGUUUUUCCCAGAAGUCGCAUCUUCUCAUACAUCAGAGGAUUCACACAGGAGAGAGACCACAUCUGCGCUCAGAGUGUGACAGGAGCUUUAUACAUAAAUCACAUCUUAUCCUACAUCACAGGAGUCACACAGGAGAGAAACCUUUUGAAUGUUCUGAAUGCAGCAAGUGUUUUUCCCAGAAGUCAUAUCUUGUUAUACAUCAGAGGAGUCACACAGGAGAGAAACCUUUUGAAUGCUCUGAAUGCAGCGAGUGUUUUUCCCAGAAGUCAUAUCUUGUUAUACAUCAGAGGAGUCACACAGGAGAGAAACCAUUUACAUGUUCUGAAUGUAGCAAAUGUUUUACCAGGAAGUCAUAUCUUGUUAUACAUCAGAGAGUUCACAGAGGAGAGAAACAUUUUGAAUGUUCUGAAUGCAGCAAGUGUUUUACCAGGAAGUCAUCUCUUGUUUUGCAUCAGAGGAUUCACACAGGAGAGAAAUUUAUAUGUUCUGAAUGUAGCAAGUGCUUUUCCCAGAAGUCACAUCUUGCUAUACAUCAGUGGAUUCACACAAGAGAGAAACCUUUUAAAUGUUCAGAAUGUAGAAAGUGUUUUUCCCAGAAGUCAGAGCUUGUUAUACAUCAGGGGAGUCACACGGGAGAGAAAUCUUUAAAAUGUUCUGAAUGCAACAAGUGUUUUUCCCGGAAGUCACAUCUUGUUAUACAUCAGAUGAGUCACACAAGAGAGAAACCAUUUACAUGUUCUGAAUGUAGCAAGUGUUUUUCCCUGAAGUCACAUCUUGUUACACAUCAGAGGAGUCACACAGGAGAGAAACCAUUUAAAUGUUCUGAAUGCAGCAAGUGUUUUUCCCAGAAGUCACAUCUUGUUACACAUCAGAGGAGUCACACAGGAGAGAAACCAUUUAAAUGUUCUGAAUGCAGCAAGUGUUUUUCCCAGGAGUCAAAUCUUGCUAGACAUCAGAGGAGUCACACAGGAGAGAAACCAUUUACAUGUUCUGAAUGUAGCAAGUGUUUUUCCCUGAAGUCACAUCUUGCUAGACAUCAGAGAAUUCACACAGGAGAGAAACCUUUUAAAUGUUCUGAAUGCAGCAAGUGUUUAUCCCGGAAGUCAGAGCUUGUUAUACAUCAGAGGAUUCACACAGGAGAUAAACCUUUUGAAUGUUCUGAAUGUAGGAAGUGCUUUUCCCGGAAGUCACAUCUUGUUAUACAUCAGAGGAGUCACACAGGAGAGAAACCAUUUGUAUGUUCUGAAUGCAGCAAGUGUUUUACUAGAAAGAAAAAUCUCAGUAAUCACAUGCGGAGUCACUCUGAGGGCCUGAAUGCAGCUUGUGUAUCAUAAGUAAUGUAACUUAUCACAACUGUAUGAAUUCAAUGGAGACAAUAUUUAUUUUCUGAAUGUGAUAAGUGUUUUAUAUAAAUCUGUCUUGAUAAAGACAGGAGAGGUCAGACAAGUGGACCUGGAGGUACUUUUCCCCUUGGGAAGGUCUCUGUGUUAGGAACUAGAGCUGCAGUAUAACAAUAGCCAAUGACCGUGGGACUGCCAUUACUGAGCUCUGUAAUAUACAGCUGUUCUGCUCAUGCAGGUGGUGGGACUAGUAGAGAGUUCCAGCAGCUCCUCUCAGUACUGGGAUUCCUUCUCUGACCAGCAGGGCUAUGAGUGCUGGGUAUUUCUACAGGAACAAUGUAUGCUGCUCUGUUUCACCGUAUGGGUUAUUGUAUGGGGUGUUAUUUUUAACCACUUUUUAGAUGCCAUUUUGUCCAUGUUUAACUCCAUUUUGUAUAUGUAUGACCUCAUUGCUUUAUAUACUGUUCAUAGUUUUUAUUAGGAUUAGUGCUUUGCAGACAUAUAGGCACCAGUUAGAAAUAUAGGCCCUCAUUCCGAGUUGAUCGCUCUGUAUUUUUCAUCGCAUCGCAAUGAAAAUCCGCUUAGUACGCAUGCGCAAUAUUCGCACUGCGACUGCGCCAAGUAAUUUUGCUAUGAUGAUAGGAUUUUUACUCACGGCUUUUUCUUCGCUCCGGCGAUCGUAGUGUGAUUGACAGGAAAUGGGUGUUACUGGGCGGAAACACGGCGUUUUAUGGGCGUGUGGUUGAAAACGCUACCGUUUCCGGAAAAAACGCAGGAGUGGCCGGAGAAACGGGGGAGUGUCUGAGCGAACGCUGGGUGUGUUAGUGACGUCAAACCAGAAACGACAAGCACUGAACUGAUCGCAGAUGCCGAGUAAGUGUGGAGCAACUCUGAAACUGCAAAGAAGUUUGUAAUCGCAAUAUUGCGAUUACAUCGUUCGCAAUUUUAAGAUGCUAAGAUACACUCCCAGUAGGCGGCGGCUUAGCGUGUGUAACUCUGCUAAAUUCGCCUUGCGACCGAUCAACUCGGAAUGAGGGCCAUAGUCUCACGUUAAGUUACAAGUUUUCUUUCACCUUUGACAUAGUGUGAAAGACAUAGUGAGUGGGAAGUGUAUACAGCUUUUAGGAUGUCUGAUUAUAAUAAAUAUAUGUUCCUGUUAUCAGUAUCUCAGAUGGAAACUGUCUAGAAAGAUGUUUGGGGUAUUGUGUACAUAAGUAGGGGAAAGGGUACAGUUGUCUAGAAUAACAUAUAUUAUGUUAUCCUUAAUGACUACUGCACCCAGCGUCACAAACCCUGAAUGUUAUAUCUGGUAAGACAAUGUUAGCGUAUCCUUGCAGGGUUAUAAAGGCUAGAGCAGGGGUGGCCAACCAGUCGGAGGCAAAGAGCCAGAAAAGAUCCAUAGGCAAGUGCAAGAGCCACUAUCAUGCAAAAAUGGGGGUGUGGCCUAGUUGUCACAAAGCCACGCCCCAUUUUUGUGCACACACCUUUCGGUAUGAUGUUUGUACGAGUGUGAGCUUGUGUCAUAACCCUGUUUAUUCAUGUUGUACAGUGCCACAUACAUAUAAAAAUGCCAAAAAAUGGAUGCCACCACAGUGCUAGAUAAAUAUAAGCCCCCAGUGCCAGAUACAUAUACGACCCCAGUGCCAGAUAUGCCCCCACAGUGCCAGAUAUGCCCCCGAUGCAGAUACACAUGUCCCCACAGUGCCUCCCACAGUGCCAGAUAUGCCCCCACAGUGCCAGAUAUGCCCUCACAGUGCCAGAUAUACCCCCGAUGCAGAUACACGUGUCCCUACAGUGCCAGAUAUGCCCUAGUGCAGAUACACAUGCCCAUACAGUGCAAGAUAUUCCCCAGUGCAGAUACUCAUGCCCCCGCAGUGCCUCAUAUGCCCCCAGUGCAGAUACACAUGCCCAUACAGUGCCAGAAAUGCCCACACAGUGCCAUAUAUGCCCCAGUGCAGGUACACAUGCCCCUACAGUGCCAGAUAUGCCCCCAGUGCAGAUACACAUGCCCCCACAGUGUCUCAUAUGCCCCCAGUGCAGAUACACAUGCCCCCACAGUGCAGAUACACAUGCCCCCAGUGCUGUUACAUAUGCCGCCACAGUGCCUCACUCCCACCCCCCUCCUAAAAAAAAAAACCAAAGUGCUGCUCACCGCGCUGCUGUGAGGGGAAGGAGAGUGCAGGGCGUGCCUCUCCUACCCCUCCGUCUCCGGCGGCGCUGUGUAUCUUCAAUUCGGCGCUGGCCCGUGAGCCAAUCAGAGCUCGCGGACCGGCAGCCAAUCAGGAGCCUUAGCUGCCGGUCCGCGAGCUCUCAUUGGCAUCACGGGCCUCCGCAGAAUUGAAGAUACACCCUGCCGCUGGAGAGUCUGGUGUGUCAGGCAGCGGUGGCCGGGAGCGCAUCGAGCCGCAUGCGGAGGAUUAAAGAGCCGCGGGUUGGCCACAGCUGGCCUAGAAACUUACGCAUAGCAAGUAGUUCUGAUGGAAGCUAGGUCUGGCUGCAGCGGACCUAGACUUCUACAAACCCCCUCCAGCUUUUAACUUGCGACAAAGUUAUUAGGCGGGACCCUAGAGAAUGACUGAACUACAUUAUUUAAACUACUUAAUCGAUGACCAUCAUCUGGGACAGAUCUUAUAACAUCUGGGAUAAGAGCUGAGUGUUCUAACUUGUUCUUGUUAUUAUUAUAACUGACUAUAACUUGUUAAUUGCAUGUUUUCAUUAUUGUAACUUUGAUAAAUGAUUAUCCUUUUUAAUA